AUGAAUACACACGCAGAGGACCCGGUGCACAAUGCACCGGAUUACAAGGACGAAAAAGGCUCCGAUACCUCGCCGACCCCACCCAUGAAAGUCGAGGAUGUCGAAAACUCCGCCGGGUCGAUGGAGAUUGAUGCCGCGACUGAGGCAAGAGUGUUGAGGAAGUUGGACGUUCGCAUUGUACCAAUGAUUUGCUGGAUCUAUUUGAUGAACUUCAUGGACCGAGUCAACAUUGGAAAUGCACGUCUCUACGGCAUGGAGGAAGACCUUGGUAUGGACGAAACAAGCGACCAGUUCCAGCUUGCAGUCUCCAUCUUAUUUGUCACCUAUGUUCUCUUCGAGACGCCCAGUAAUAUGAUUAUCAAGAGGAUGCAGCCAGCGAGGUAUCUUGGAGGACUCAUGUUCGUAUGGGGACUUGUAGCCACUUUUACUGCUUUUGUCAACAACUACGCUGCUUUGAUCGCCUGCAGACUUCUCCUAGGAGUUUUCGAAGCAGGAUUGUUUCCUGGAGUCAUACUAUACCUGUCAAUGUUUUACAACAGGAGGAAUGUAUCCCUCAGACAGGCAACUUUCUACGGUACUUCUGCCAUAGCUGGUGGACUAGGAGGACUGGUCGCUUACGCUAUUGGCGAGAUGGAUCGUGCAGCAGGAUGGAGGGGUUGGAGAUGGAUUAUUCUUAUCAACGGCAUCCCGACUGUACUAACCGCCAUCGCCGUUCCAUUCGUUCUUCCAAACAGCCCCGAAACGGCCAAGUUCUUGACCGAAGACGAUCGACGAAUUUUGAUCCAAAUGCGCAUGAGAGAAGUCGGUCAGACAGCAGCCGGACAAGAAUUCCACAAAGAAGAUGUCAUGAAUGGUGUCAAAGACUGGAAGGUCUAUGCCUACGCCAUUGCUCAGUUUGUCGGACUUGGCAUGCUCUACAGCUUUUCGGUGUUCCUUCCCACAAUUAUCAACGGGCUAGGAGGUGGCUGGACCCGUCAAGAAGUCCAAGCUCUGACCAUCCCCGUGUACGUCGCUGGCUUCAUUACCUACGUCGUUGGAGCAUACUAUAGCGACAAGACACAGCAGAGGGGCCUCUUUUGCAUUGCCGGCCUCGCUGUGAGCUUGAUCGGAUACAUCUUUCUCAUUGCAGACAAGGGCCUCGGCCUCAGUUUUGCUGGCUGUUUUAUCGUGGCCCUAGGACUUUGGGUCGCAACCGGAAUUGCCUUUUCCUGGAUCGGUGUCAACAACCCUCGGUAUGGAAAGCGAGCCUUUGCCAGUGGCAUGCAAAUUACCAUUGGAAAUUGCUCCGGCAUCGCCGCUCCAUUCUUGUACAGCAGCGCUACAGCGCCUACAUACAAGCCUGGAUACGGUGCUACUAUCGGGCUACUGACACUGGGUAUUGCAAUCUACACAGCAUUACACUUGUACUUCCGCAUGAAGAACAAGAAGAAGAUGUCCGGCCAAGAGGACUGGAGGAUCGAGGGCAAGACUGAAGAAGAGAUUGCGGAGAUGGGAGAAGACAACCCAAGAUAUUUGUACACAAUUUGA